GUUCAGAGCAGCCAGACAAGAAAAGACAGAGGGACCGUGCUGGAGCUUAUCGCAGGAAACACACUACCAAAUUCCCCACAGAUUUGUUCGGACGAGUGUCCAUGUAGUCAGCUGUUAUAUGAACUCCUGGGCAGUUGAGGGGAUGUGGGAUUCCUAUCUGUGACCCAAAGGCACAUGCUGACCAACCAGGGGGCUGAUGGGAAAGCUUUACCUGCUUCAACGCCCACGGGCUCCACUGAGAUGUCCCCAGGAGGAGUGAAAUGUGGAUGACAGCGUGAGCUGGGGAAUUCAACGUUUGGGCCAAGAUAUCCUCACACUGAGCCAAAAAGAAAUCUGUUCGAGUUUACACAAAAAAACAUACACUCACAUACUCGCUCCCAAUCAGCCGUCACCAUGCUGAUGCCAGGACCACUGUGGGUGUGUCUGGCACUGAUAUGGGUUGGAAGCUGCAGUUCCCACAGCCUGUUUACCUGUGAGCCGAUUAAGGUGCAUCGGUGCUUGGGGAUGUCCUACAACAUGACCUUCUUUCCCAACAUGAUGGAGCACUAUGAUCAGGAUAUUGCAGCCAGUAAUAUGGAGCCAUUCAUGCCCCUGGCGAACCUGCGCUGCUCUCCAGACGUCCACCACUUCCUUUGCCAAGCCUUUAUCCCAGCAUGCACUGAGGAAGAUAAGGUGAUCCGUCCGUGCCGAGAGCAGUGUGAGACUGUUCUGUCCGACUGCGAAGAGAAUAUUCGAAUCUUUGGCAUCACCUGGCCCCCUGAGCUACAGUGUGACAAAUUGGACCCAUGUAGCUCCCCUGAUGGUUCAGUGUUUCCUGCAACCACGCCAGCGAUCUCCUCCUCAGCAAAGAGGGACCUGGGCUUCUGGUGCCCUCUGCAGUUAAAGACCAAGCCAGGCCAUGGAUCAUCAUUCCUGGGCGCCCAGGAUUGCGCUCCGCCUUGCUCCAACAUGUACUUCAAACCCCAUGACAUUGACUUUGCCAAGAGCUUCAUCGGUGUGUGCUCUAUCAUCUGCCUGGGCGCUACACUCUUCACUUUCCUCACUUUCCUCAUCGAUGUCAAACGUUUCCGCUACCCUGAGCGCCCCAUCAUCUUCUACGCCGUCUGUUACAGCUUUGUCUCGCUCAUAUAUUUCAUCGGGUUCCUGCUGGGAAACAAUGCAGCCUGUACCAAGGCGACACAUCCUGCAGGUGUUGAUACAGUCGUGCUCGGCUCUCAAAGCAAAGGGUGCACUUUGCUUUUCAUGCUCCUCUACUUCUUCUCCAUCGCCGGUAUCGUCUGGUGGGUCAUACUCACCAUCACCUGGUUCUUGGCAGCUGGACCCAAGUGGAGCUGUGAGGCGAUAGAGAAGAAAGCGGUGUGGUUCCACUCUGCUGCUUGGGGGAUCCCGGGGACGCUCACUGUCAUGCUGCUUGCUCUGAACAAGGUUGAAGGGGACAACAUCAGUGGGGUUUGUUUCGUGGGACUCUAUGACCUGGACGCCCUGCGCUACUUUGUUCUGGCUCCGCUGUGUGUGGGCGUCAUAGUCGGCCUCUUCCUCAUCCUGGCAGGCAUCGUUUCUCUCAACCACGUCCGGCAGGUCAUUCAACACGACGAGCGUAACCAGGAGAAGCUGAAGAAGUUCAUGAUCCGCAUCGGUGUGUUCAGCUGCCUCUACCUGGUCCCGCUGGUCACCUUGUUAGCCUGCUACACCUACGAACAGAGCCACCGCAGCACCUGGGAGAAUACCUGGAUCAACGACCGCUGUCAGGAGUACAGCAUCCCCUGUUCCUACAAGACAACGGAGCACGACCGUCCUGACCUCUCUCUGUUUUUGGUGAAAUACUUGAUGACACUGGUGGUUGGAAUAUCGGCAGUGUUUUGGGUCAGCAGCAAGAAAACAUGCUCUGAGUGGGCCUACUUCUUCAACAGGACCCGCAAGAGAGAUCCCAUCAGCGAGAGCCGCCGGGUGCUCCAGGAGUCCUGUGAGUUCUUCCUCAAGCACAACAGCCGCGUCCAGCACAAGAAAAAGCACUACAAGCCCAGCUCCCACAAGCUGAAGGUCAUCUCCAAGUCCAUGGGCACGAGCACAGGCGCUGCCCCCACCAAUCCCUCCGCAGCAGCCAACACCAACAGUCAAGGAACCUCUGCAGUGGGCAAUCACGAGCCUCAUGUGCAAGGUUCUCUGUCCGAGACCUCAGCCAGGGAGCACAUGGACAGGGGCACCUCCAGCCGAAGCUCCAGGAGGGGGGAGAGGGACAGAGAGAGGGAGCGGGAGGGGGGAGAGAGACGCAGCAAAGGUGGAAGUUCCAGUAAGGUCAGCAGCCGUUCAGAGAGCAUGCACAGGGUCCCAGAUGGCAGGAUGACCCCGAGGAGCGAGCUGUCAGAGGCCAGGCAGGUUCCCAGUGGACAGCAGCAUCCAGCUUUAAACCUAUCACACAGCAGCAGCUUCAUCCAAGACUCCACCCACCAGCUGGUGCACCAGGUGCAUGAGGAGAGCAAGGACACAAAGGACAGCAGCUGCUGAGACAUCUGACCCUGAAGUUUAUCUGUUGUUCCAUCCAUCCAUCCAUCCAUCCAUCCAUCCAUCCAUCCAUCCAUGAUACCACUGAGAAAACAGUCACUUGAUGCUGGUUGAUGUAACCAUUUAUUUUUCUUGUCAUACAUCAUGUAAGAUCCAUACAUCAGAUUAUGAGUGUAUUGGUUGCUUUAUGGUCAGUGAAUGUCCGUUGCCAACAAAAUGUAACAAACCUUGAGUAUUUCAAAUGUGAUAUGUUGGACCAGAAUCUGAGUGUAAGUGUAAAGGCGUUAGAUGAUUUAGUUUGGGUGACAGCUUUGUUUUUCAGCUUUACUGAACUUUUAGCCGUACACCUGAAUGUUGCAGAGCAGUGCAGCUCUAUCCCAACUAUACAACUGCCAGUUAAAUUUUAUAGCAUGCAUAAAGUCUGCUGUUGUGUAGAUUGGUAAUUCAGAGGUAUUAAAUGCAUACUAGUGAACAAAAGCAAUAUUAAUGUAAAUAUUCUGUUUUUUAGAAAGUCUUUCACUGGACAAGUCGCUACACUGAGAGUUGUGUUAGAAAGGUCAUGAUAUUGCCAAACAUUCAACAUCUUCCUGUGUUUUUUGAAUGUCUUAUUGUUCUUGCUGGAAAGAUGGUUUGUCUUGAAACCUCGUUUUGUAAUACACACUGUGCUACUUUUUUUCUCCUUUGAAAAAAGGCAUACUCUUAAACUUGAUAUAGUUGAUUUUUUUAGUUUUCUUAAAAGAUGUGCUUUUAUUUUGUGUUUUUUUUACUUGUUUCUGUUGUGUAAACACUGAUUCUGCAGAGGUCGGUCCCUGUAAGGAUUUUCAAACAUGCGUCCUGUGACUUUGGAUAAAGUAUAGCUUUAUAGUUUUCUAAAAGAACGUGCCUUCCUUUGAGUAGCUCCUCAUCUUCAAAGAAUCUACAGAUGUUCUGCAUGUGUGAUGUGUCUACCUGUGUUCUUGUUGCAGGGGUAAAUUCUUAUGAUCUUCAAGCAAAUUGAGGAAAUAAAUCAAACAGGUUUUGCACUAUUUGACAUUAGAAGCACAAACCACUAAUUAUUAAGUAUGAAUAGUCAUAAAGAAACAAAAAAACAGGAUUUGGGGAUUGUUCAGGGCUUAUUUAUAACAAGGGCCACGGGCCAUAUAUCUGUCCAAGAAUUUCUAGAAGAAUUUCUGUGGAUUAUUUGAACAUCUGUCAUGCUGUACUGUCUUUUAAGGGACUGAUUCUUCCCUCAAGUUUCUUUACCUUUUAUAUUUGGGAGUCACGUGACAAUACCAGUAACACUAAUUUAAAGGGAUUCAUUGUCUGUCUUUUUCUACUGUAUAUUCUCAGUCUGGCCUGUGGACAGGGGUCUUUGCUCAUGCUGUACCAAGACUUAGUGUCGCCUAUGAAAUGCUCUCUACAGUUCUGUGAGCUGUUUUUACUAUUUUUAUGUAGCCUGUCUUUUCAGUCAAGUUUUAUAUCCGUACAAUUUCAUUUUGAUAAAAUACUGAAUAAUAAAAGAUUGAAUUUUU